UCAGGGAUGCAGUGGCUCAGGUGUCACGGUGCUAUACUGCUGGGCUGCCGGGCUGUUGGGUUUCCCGCGGCGGCCUUCAUCCCAGAGCCUGUUUGAUAUGCGGGCAGCGGCGGUGGUGACUCUGGUGGCGGCGCUGCUGGGCCUCACCUGUGGAUGGCGUGGAGCAGCUGCCCAGACUGUGGAUGGCGAGGCGGGGAGCGAGGAGGAAGAAGUGUGGAUGGAGCCGCGCCAGCUGAUGCAGGUGGUGGAGGGCACGAGCCACGUGGUGCGCUGGUUCACGGUGCUGCCCGACGUGGCCUCCGUCACGGCGAAGGUGGAGGACGAGAGAGUAUCCCGGGUGGAAGCUGUGGGGCCCGUCCUGAACGCCUCCUCCCUCGAUAACUUUACUUUCAGCGGCAUCGUCGAGGUGUCUGCGACCUUCAUUGGAUAUAACAAGCUGCGUGUCUUCCUUCACGAUGACUUGGGCUCCGUGACGGGGGAGGUGGAGAUGCCCAUGAGCGUGCUGCUGUCAUACCAGAAGUUGAGUGACCUGUUCAUGAUGAUCGCCAGCGUGCUUGUGGCUGUGCUCUACGUGAUCAUGGGCGCUACGCUGGACAUGAAGGUGCUCGCGCUGAUCAUCAAGAAGCCCAUCGGUCCCCUGGUGGGAAUCGUGUGCCAGUAUCUGUUCAUGCCUCUGAUCGCCUUCGGCCUGGCCAAAGCCACCUUCCCGGACAACCCUCUGGGCCAGCUGGGACUGUUCCUGGGUGGCAGCUGUCCCGGCGGCGGCGCCUCCAAUAUGUGGACGCACCUGCUGGGCGGCUCCCUCGACCUGUCCAUCAUGAUGACUUUCAUAUCUACCGUCACGGCCUUCGCCACCGUGCCUCUGUGGGUGCUGCUGAUGGGGCCGACCAUCGUGGGGGACGCCAACUUCGUCAUCCCCUACAAGGACAUCGCGGUGCUCGUCUUCAGUCUGUCCAUGCCCUGUGCCCUCGGGAUACUCAUUGCGAAGUUCCUGCCGAGGGUGGGCAAGGUGCUGGGCAAGAUGCUGACGCCCCUCACCCUCUUCAACGUGAUCUUCCUCUUCACCUUCGGAGUGUACGCCAACCUCUACGUGUUUUCUCUGUUUGAGGUUAAGACUAUAUUCGCGGGCUUCGGGCUUCCCUUCCUUGGUUACCUGAGCGGGAUGGGCCUGGCGUCUCUCCUCAGGCUGCCAAUGAAGGACCGCGUCGCUAUUAGCAUCGAGACGGGCAUCCAGAAUAUGACUAUCGCUAUCAUCAUACUUAAAUUGACUCUAGAGGCGCCCGCUUCGGAGUUGACUGUGGUGUUCCCCGCCGCCGCAGUGCUCAUGACGCCCAUCCCACUCCUCGUCAUGCUCAUCAUACGAAGGCUGUACCUGUGGCGCCGCGGUCCUCAGGAGGAGGAAGAGAAGACAGAGAAGGAGAAGGAGAUGGAAGCGAAGGAGACGAACGGGAAGGUGGAGAGCGGAGGAGGCAAGGCGGAGGCGGGAGGUGGAGGGACAGUGGAGAAGGACGGAAACAAGGCGAAGACAGGAGGAGCAAAGGAGGAACAGACGGACGAAGGGAAGGUGGAGAGAAAUGGAACAGCGGGUGUGGUGGAGGGUGGAAUCGAUAAUCCUGGAGUGGAGGUGGAAGAUACUUUUUGACACACUCCACAUGCAUCCUGAUACACACACACACACACACACACACACACACACGAUACUGUUGGCGUGUGAUCUGAUGACUCACGAAUCAGAGAGAAGAGAGAAGAGUGAAUGAGUGAUUUGAAUUAGUGAGUGAACUGAUUGUAUGAGUGAGUGAGAGACAGAAAAAUAUUAAAUGAAUGAGAGUGAACUAGCGAGUGGCGAGUGAUUUGAGUGAGUGAGAGUGAAUGACUAAGUGCAAGUUCAGCCCCCUAAUGGCUUCCUUAAAGGUUGUGAUAAAACGUAGCGAAUUAUCUAUGCAAAUAUGUCUGUUUUUUAUAGUGUUUAUAUUGUUGAAUGAAAUAUAUUGUAUUGUCUUUGUAUUUUUUACGAUGUUUUUAGUUGACAGAUCUACUUUAAGAAUACACGUAUUUAUGUACAAAAAGGA